AUGCCGGAACAAGGUACAACUAAAGCGCUGCAUUGCACUUCACUUCCCGCCAACUACAAUCUGAUGCGUCGCCCUUGGCGGCUUGCAGUGUCUUGCAGCGAGCUCGCGCCUCCGCGCGGCGGCUCCAGCACGUACGCUCUAAAGCUCUGCAAUCUGAAAACUCACCUGCGACACUUUCGAUGCAGAAGGAUCUGCAACAGCGGCUCCGGGGUACAUCCGACUCUACAGCAGAGAGGCGAAGGCAGAAGUCGCGCACGAAAGGUUGACGCGGGCUUCAUUCCGUGCUUCGCACGUUCCCAAGAUAGCUCCUUCAUGGAGAGGGCGCAACGAGACUGUAGGGCGGGCAGCAAACGAGUCCGAGGGGCCGCGCUGCAGCUGGUGGAUCUCAGGAGCACGUUAAGCUGUAGUGGCCGCGAGAACAGGCUGCACGUGCAUGAUUAUGUGUCACUGGCGACAGUGCCGCUGCGCCAAAUCAUCCUGUGCUGCGUUUAUCUGUGUAUUCUGCAGCCCGACGUGGAGCACCCUGAAGGGACAGACGACAGCCUCAUUCAGUCACCUGUUACUCUUCUAUCACUUUCUCGAGUAGAGAGAAGCGAGGCCAGGUAUCUCUGCAUCACUUUUCGCAAACGCGUGCCCGUGCCCGUGCUCCACUUGACGAGCAGCGCAGCACUGAGGGAGACGCCAUUCUUCUGUGAACGGCGCGCAGCCAGAUGCGUGGCGCUGCUCAUAGGCGCUGCGGUUAAAAUUCGCUCCAUCCGGAUGGUGAACAUGCAUGGUACUCUCGCACGCCACCGCAGGGAACCCCUAGACCGUCACCGCUUGCCCGCUGCCACGCUGUCAGCAUCCUUUACGCGUCCCGAUACUGCAGUACUCCGCAGAAAGCCCGCUGAUAAUGGAAGCGUGCGUCUCCUCGUGUUGUCGGACGUGGAACUGCUUUUCGUUGGAAGGCAGCGCAGGAUCUUCGAAGCUCGAGGAAUGAGGUUUACCAAAGGCUGGGCAUCUCUAACAAUGAGAACUACAAACAGCUCCUGUCCGCUAGCACCGUACACGCUGCCGACGUCCUGGCUGCUGCACUAG